GUAGUUGAGUUCGAUGGUUCAACGGAAAUCGGCCAAUGCCUCUCUUCCCUCUGCCUGAAACUUGGUAUACGGCCGGCUUUGCUCUCCGGCUAUGCCCUGUACAUCGACGAUCCAACCACGAAAGGACUACAGCUGCUCAAAGGAAAACAAAAGACUUGCAAUGAGACCGCUAUGGAGCGAUCGUUUCUUGUAUGGCGAAUGGCCGAAGAACUGGUGAGCAGUCGAAUUCCAACGAGCCCUCAGUUAGCCGAACAACUAGCUGCGCUAUACGCACAGCUCUCUUACGGAGACGCUCCAUCGCAAACAAUUUCUGAUGAACAAUUCGCUUUCAUCACGAAACAGUUCUUUCCUGCGAAAAUGCUGGAUGUAGCUUGCUUGAAGUCCUUGAGAUCCUCUCUGCAUGGUAGUUGGAGCGAGCUCAAUGGAAUGGGCGAGUCGGACGCAAUAAAAGGUCAUCCUACAGGACGUGAUUCGCUCGUUUCCAUAUAA